AUGAUCAAUUUGGCCGAUGGAAAGCAUGAUCCUGAGCUACUUAAAGCUCAAGCUCAUGUAUGGAAUCACAUAUUCAACUUCAUAAACUCAAUGUCUCUAAAAUGUGCAAUUGAUCUAGGCAUACCCGAUAUCAUCAACAAACACAGCAAACCUGUGACCCUCCCUGAGCUCAUUGCCGCCCUACCUGUCCACCCUAGCAAAGCUCGUUGUGUCCCUCGCCUCAUGCGCUUGUUGAUCCAUUCUGGUUUCUUUGAGAAACAAAAGGUUAGCGAAGAUGAUCAAGAAGAAGGUUAUGUUCUCACCAAUGCAUCCCAGCUUCUCCUCAAGGACAAUCCCUUCAGUGUAACACCAUUCUUGCAAGCCAUGCUUGACCCAAUUUUAACAAAGCCAUGGCAUUUUGUGAGCACUUGGUUAAAAAAUGAUGAUCCUACUCCAUUUGACACGGCUCAUGGGAGGACAUUUUGGGACUAUGGCGGCCAUGAACCAACGCUUAACCAUUUCUUUAAUGAUGCCAUGGCUAGUGAUGCUCGUUUGGUUACGAGAGUGUUAAUUAAUGAGUGCAAGGAGGUGUUUGAAGGGUUGGGUUCAUUGGUGGAUGUUGGAGGCGGCACCGGAACCGUGGCCAAGUCCAUAGCAGAAGCUUUCCCACACUUGGAUUGUACUGUAUUCGAUCUCCCACAUGUGGUAGCUGAUUUACAGGGCAGUGAAAACUUAAAAUAUGUUGGCGGAGACAUGUUCGAGGCUAUUCCUCCUGCAGAUGGAAUUGUACUAAAGUGGAUUCUACAUGACUGGAAUGAUGAAGAAUGUGCUAAGAUACUUAAGAAAUGCAAGGAAGCAAUCAAGGACAGGGAAGGAGGGAAGGUGAUGAUCAUAGACAUGAUGAUGGAGAACCAGAAAGGAGAAGACGACUCAAUUGAAACACAAAUAUUCUUCGACAUGCUCAUGAUGAUUUUGGUCACUGGCCAAGAAAGAAAUGAGAAAGAAUGGGCUAAACUAUUCUCUGAUGCUGGUUUUAGUAACUACAAGAUAACUCCCAUACUGGGUUUGAGGUCUAUCAUUGAAGUAUUCCCUUGAUGAGGAAAGCAAUAGUUGCCUUUUAAGCAUCUACUUAGCUGCCCCUAUGAGUUACUUAAUUUCCCUUGUGUUACAAUAAGCAAGUUGCGGGCUGUUCCUACCCUUGUGUUUCAUUAUGGGUUUCUUUUUCUGUUGUUCAGUAGUCAU